CCCUCUCUUUUUUUUUCUUUCUAACAGCAGCAGAUUCAGUCCCAAGCGCAGCAAUCACAGGCAGUUAUUGAUAAUGAGGCAUAUUACAACAGUAACUACGCAUUAGAGAGACAGCACCGGCCAUCGUACGAGAUGAUCCCAACCACAGGCAUCAGCUAUCAAAACCAAAGUUCCGCGGCGGUGCCCAUAACAGGAGGCGAGUAUACUGAAGAGCCCUCUAACUACGUCGAGACACCAGGAGCUAGGGCACCUGGCGCGCAGUAUGGGGGAAGCCAGACUCUAAUAGACCAUGGGCAUAAUCAGCCUAACAUUAAUAACACUAGCAAUAACCACGCAGAGCCAACGCAUGAGGAGGACUUGGCAUCACAGAAGGCUUUGGCACAUUUGGAAUAUGCAAAACAACUAAGAGAACAGCAGCUCUACCAUCAGAACAUGGCUGAGGCUCUUCAGAGACAAAAACAUGAAAGGAUGCUUAAACAGCAACAACAUCAUCCAGAAAAUCCUACUUCAGGACCUCCUCCUGUAUCGGGAUCGACAGUUGAUAUUUAUCCGCCACCGCCUCGUCACAGUGCCACCUAUCCUCUACCAGUAUCUCAUACUACUAUUACCACUACAGCUCCUUCAUCUACGACCACUGCGAAAGCCACUUUAGGGAGCACGACCGCGCCCUCAUCUUCGGUGCUUGAUCAAGUCCCCUCAUCAGGAGCUGGGGGAGGAUCUAGCAACCAUCAUCCUUAUUCCAUUGGAGCGGCUCAGAACUUUGAUACAGGGAUGGUGACUCCGGACUCCAACAACAGUAGUGCACGUAUCAAGGGAAGUCCUCAGCUGUAUCAAUCUGAUAACAUCACUGUUGCCGAAUCUCAUUAUUCGGAUGAUCGGUACAAGGCAGAACUUUUGGGAGAAAUUCGACGGGCCCGUCAAGAAGAAGCUGAAGCUCAAGCGGGCACUGCUCUCGAUGGUGCUGAUGAAACACAGAGUCAUCAUGAUUAUAAGGUUCAAGUAGGGUCUGAUUAUGGGGGGCGUCGUUCAAGCAGCAAUGAUAACAAUAGGAGCAGCACCAACGAUGGUGGUUAUGUACCGCCUCCAAAGUCAAGGACCAUGUGGUCAUAACGAAAACUUGGCUCUCCUUCUCUCCCUCCCUAAUAAAGGUUUUUUAUUACUGCUGUAGCAUUUUUUCAUAUCCUUUACAUCUUACACAUUUUUAUUCUACAUAGACUUGACACUUGCAAUCUUCCUUUUAGUUUUAAAUAUAUAUAUACAUAUUUAUGUGUGUCAUCAUCAUUAAUGCUGACCUUUAUUUUGCUUCCUCAAGCUUCGCUUAAAAACAAUAAAGC